AUGGCAACUCUGUUGAUCAUUGUUUCUAUUCUUAUUCAACAUACAAAUGCUUUAACUUAUACAUUGGAUCCGGCUGAGGAACGAUGCCUUUUUGAAACAUUGGAUAAGCCAUCAAAAUUGUCAUUAAAAUAUCAAGUAAUUAAAGGAGGAUUUUUAGAUAUCGAUUUAGUAGUUUUUGAUCCUGAUGGAGAAAUUUUGCAUCAACAAGAAAGAGAAUCGGAAGGAAAGUUUUCUAUUAAUGCUGAUAAGAAAGGAACUUACAAGUUUUGUUUCUCUAAUAAGAUUUCUACUCUUACACCAAAGACUGUUUCAUUCCAUAUUUCUAUUGGUGAUUUUGUGGACACUAAUAUUGCCAAAUUGGAACAUCUUUCACCAGUUGAACAAACAAUUCAAAAAUUAUCUGAAGGAUUAAGCCAUAUUCAAAAUGAACAACAAGAAUUCCGUGCUAGAGAAGCUACUCAUAGAAAUAUUUGUGAAGCUACAAACGAAAGAGUUACCUAUUACAAUUUAUUCUCCAUCUUUUUGUUAGUUUGUCUUUCAGGUGUUCAAAUCUAUGUUUUGAGAAUGUGGUUCGAAGUUAAAAGAGAAAUUUAA